AUGGUUUGUUUGCUGUCUUCGGUUCAUUGGUACUGUGUCAAGUACGAUGAUUCUCGAGGGAGGCCGGUUUUGAGUUACAUUGGAUGUCAAAAGUUUAAGAGUUGUUCUGUUGCUAACGCCUCUUGGAGCCCUCAGCUUACUGGAGAGUGUUUGGUGCUGUUAGAGAACGGGUGUGAAUUUGGUUGGAGGCUUGGGACGUUUAUCGUUGCUCGGUCUGAUGCAGUCUUUGUUAUCACUAGAAGCUCUGGGAGUUGUAGUGUGAGAGCUUUGUUGGAAUCUGAGAGUCUGAACAUGGAUGGAACUGAAGAGUUUAUUGCGUUUGCUAAGGCCGGUGGUAGUGAUAGUUUUAGGUUCAUUCUUGCUUCUAAGAGCUAUGUUUAUCUUUGUGAUCAGAGAUCAGGAGUGCCUUUGUUGAAGUGGCGGCAUGAUGUUGAGAAUGUUUAUAGCUUGUCUGAUCUCGGGCUUCAGACAGAUGAAUCAACUACUUCAUGCCUUGUAAUAGGGUCGUUUUGGAAUGCAGAGUCUCAAAUGUUCUGUUAUGGACCUCCAAAUGAUUCUUCUUCCUUGUAUGUCUGGGAGCUUCCACACAAUCUACUCUCACCAGCUGGAAAAUGUCUCUGCGGGGAUUGUGAAAUCAGAGAGGUGGUAAUGAAGGAGUCUCUCCCCGUGUGGAUUGAUUGGCAGAAGAAGAGAGUUCUUAUUCUUGGUUUUGGAGUUUUAAACAAGUAUCUUCCAUCACUUAGUUCUUCAUCAGAUGGGUUUACUUUGAUUCGGUUAAAAUCCUCAGGGAAGCUCGAAGCUGCCAAGUUCCAUACCUCUCCUGAUCCUUUAAAUAGCUUAGGAGUAGACCUCACCGAGAAUCCACCUGCAAAUUCUGAGGAGGUGAACUUAUUGUACCAUCCUGAUGAUAACAUAUACAAACUCCCAAGAAGGUUCAAAUACCUAGAACUAGACUAUCUCUCUGCUUACACAAAAGGGAACCUCUCCAAGUUCUUAGAAUCGAUGAUGAGUAAAAAGAGAUCAUCAGGUGCAAAGAAGAACAAUCCUCUUAGCUUAACAUACCAUGAAGAGUUAUUUGAGAAGCUGAAACUCUGCGGGUUUGGUAGAGACAGAUCCUCCUCUACAGUUACUGCAGUCUUCAACAGUAUCAACUCACCAACAAGCGUUUUCGAUAUUGCUCUGAGAGAAACUUGGUCAAGCUUACCUAUGGAGCUUUUGUUGUUUGCGUUCUCAAACUACUCUGAUGUUGAAGGUGUUCUGUUAGACAAGAAGAAACCAUCUCUUGAGUUCUUAUCUGUUCCGGAACUUCCACAGUUACCACCUUUCCUCUUAAGGAAACCUUCACGAAGAAGCAGCAAAUGGUCGAAGAAGGUGCAGCCUGGUGUUGACCUCAUUGGUCCAGUUCUUCCACUCCAAGUCCUCCUCACCUUACACGAGUUACGUAACGGUGGUCUGAACUCAGAACAACAAGAGUUCUCACCAGAUGCAGAGUUCUCAGACCGGUGCAACCAAAUCUCUAAAGCGGCUCGGGAAAUGGCAAACUCAGGAGCAGGCGAGACAACAGUCAUUUCACUUGACGAUGACAUGUGGCUUAACAGUGAUUCACAGAAGGAGAAGAAGCGCUUCAUUGCUUAUUCACCCAUCACAAAGACAGAUGAGGAUUCAAACAAGGAGCAUGAAGAAGAACUCACAAAGUUCGUCUCAAAGGUGCGUAGUAAAGACAGUGAUGUUGAUGAUGUUGGUGGAGGAAGAUCAGGGCUUGAGGUUUUUGAUGAUAUGUCGCCGGUGGAGAUUUGUUUCGAAGAACGUGAGGCGAGUUUUGAUAUGAAGGCUUUGUUUAUGUGCAAGGCAAAUUGUUCAACUCCAUAUCAAGACUUUCUUUCUCAGUACCAUCUUCAUAAAUGA